AUGCGAGGCAAGCAAGUUGCUGAUGUUGUGUCAUUAGAGAAUUUGUUCAUGCACGUCAAAUUCAUUGGAGCUCUGGGGUCUGCUAUUCGGAGCAGUGAGCUGCAGUGUACAGGCUCUGAGACCGGGCCCUCAGAAGAAUCCCUAAUGGCUGUUUUUGAAAAAAAAGCUCUUCGUCCAACACUGAACUACAGUCGUCCGACAAGUGUGAACAUCUCUUUCACACUCUAUGCUGUUUUAGGAGUGAAUGAGAAAAGUCAGAUUCUGACGACAUUUCUAUGGCUGCGUUUGUUUUGGCAGAACGAGCUUCUAACCUGGAUUCCGGAUAAAUGUGGAUCAGUAGAGAAGAUUUCGCUGCCAGUGGAAAACAUGUGGUCCCCGGAUAUUAUUGUCUACGAAUUUAUAGAUGAGGAUAAGUUCCAGCGCACACCGUUCACAUAUGUUAAUCACACCGGCCGUGUACGCUAUGACCGUAUGAUGCGAGUGGUCAGCUCUUGUAACCUUGGAAUCUUUAACUUCCCAUUUGAUGUCCAGAACUGCUCGCUAACCUUUGGCUCUUAUAUGCAUACAGUGAAAGAUGUGCGUCUUGGGCUGGCUCUACCUGUUGAACAGAUCCUGACAAAUUCAUUGAACUAUUUGGAGACCAGUGGCGAGUGGGAACUUCUGAGGAUAGAAGGAGCCCCUGAUGUCCUGAAAUUUGGUGCUGAUGAAUGGGAUAUAAUAACAUUUUGGGUGGUGAUUAGGCGGCGCUCGGUACUCUACGUUGUAAACUUGCUCAUUCCCAGCGCCUUCCUAAUGCUGAUUGAUAUUCUGAGCUUCUAUCUCCCACCACACAGCACAGACCGGGCUUCCUUCAAGAUGACUCUUCUGCUGGGAUACACAGUGUUCCUUCUCAUUAUGAAUGAUCUGUUGCCAAGUACAGCUAAUGGGACCCCUCUGAUUGGUAUUUACUUUUCAGUGUGCUUGGCUCUGCUUGUUCUCAGUCUGUUAGAGACCGUAAUAAUCACUCAUGUUCUACAUCGUGGAACGUUGCAGAGCGGAUCUGUGCCAUCUUGGGUCAAACGCCUUGUGUUGGGAUACAUUGCUCAGCUCAUCUGUUAUCGUGUCACAGUUAUUCCUAGCUCUGCUUCAUCCAAUAACCAUGUCCCACCCACAAACAGCAAGAAUUAUACACCAAAACCUCCACCAUCCAACAACUUCCAAGAAAAUGGCAGUAACAUAGAGCUGCCUCCUCCAGAUGCCUUGUCCCCUGGUCCCGAGAGGCAAUUAGAAAUGAUCAAUCACAAUCUUCAUUUUAUCAAGGAGGUGAUGGAGAGCAAAAACCAUCUUCAAGAACAAGAAGAGGAAUGGAUACAGAUUGGAUAUGUUUUAGAUUCUCUGCUUUAUCGUUUCUACCUUAUCUUCAUUGGAUCCUAUGCCAUCAUCAUUAUCUGUGUGUGGUGUGUCUGGUUGGACAUAUAA